AGAAGGAGCUGCAGUUGAAUGGCCCAUGAGCUUCGAAUCGGUGAAGGGCGAGAUAGGGAACGGUUGUGGCCACGUUAUUAAUACUAAUAUACUCAGGGGGGCAUGCUUUAAUUUGACCCGCGGAUUGUUAUUGCAAACCCUCCCGUUCUAAUCAUCUGUUCAUCGAACAAGUGGAGCAUAUAUAUCCUAAUUAAUCAAAAGCCCUGUUGAUCACCGCAGGGCACCGGCAUGAUCUAUAUAAGCUAGCAGAGCACGGCAGGUCAGGGCACAACACCGAGCAAUUGCCUUGCAACUUGCAAGCAACCGAGCCCAGUGGAUCGGAAGAAGCAUUCAUUAAUUAGCUUCCUCUCCAGCAGGCUAUGGCGGCUUCUCCUCGUCGUCUCCCCGUCCGAGCGGUGAACCUCGGCGGGUGGCUGGUGACGGAGGGCUGGAUCCAGCCGUCCCUCUUCGAGGGCAUCCCCAACAAAGACCUCCUGGACGGCACGCAGCUGCAGUUCAGGUCGGUAAAGCUGAACAAGUACGUGGCCGCGGAGAAUGGCGGCGGCGCGGUGCUUGUGGCGAACCGGCCUCAGGCGUCUGGCUGGGAGACCUUCAAGCUGUGGCGGGUCAAUGAGACGGCGUUCAAUUUCAAAGUGUUCGGCAACCAGUUCGUGGGCCUCCAGAGCGACGGCUCGCUGGUUGCGACGGCAGCGGUGCCGAGGCGGCCGGAGACGUUCCGGUUGGUGCGCAGCCCCGGCGACAAGUACAUGAUGCGGAUCAUGGCGCCCAACGGGCGCUUCUUGCAGGCAAACGAAGAUGGCUCGCUGACGGCGAACUAUGACCAGAGCACCAGCUGGGGUGACGACGACCCGUCGGUGUUCGCGGUGAAGAGAGUGGCGGGGCUAGAAGGGGAGUAUCAGAUCUGCAACGGCUAUGGGACGGCAAAGGCCACACCUAUUCUCAGGAAUCACUGGAGCACAUAUAUAGUGGAAGACGACUUCAGGUUCAUCUCCGAAAGCGGGUUGACCGCAGUGAGAAUACCAGUGGGAUGAUGGAUCGCUAACGACCCCAGACCUCCUGUACCCUACGUUGGAGGUUCACUUGAAACCUUGGACAAUGCUUUCAAAUGGGCAGAGAAGUACAAUCUGGACGUCAUCAUUGACCUACACGCAGCUCCUGGGUCGCAAAGCCCCUUUGAGCACAGCUCCUCCAGGGACGGCUCACAGGAUUGGGGCACCACCGAUCCUAACAUCACAGAAACCGUGCAAGUGAUAGAUUUCCUCGCAUCAAGGUACACCAAAAAUCCAAGCCUCCUUGCGAUAGAGCUGAUGAAUGAGCCGGUGGCACCCGGCGUGUCCCUGGAGAGCCUGAAAACGUACUAUCGCGACGGGUACAACGCCAUCAGGAAGCACUCGUCGGAGGCCUACGUGAUCAUGUCCAACCGUUUGUCAUCCCCGGACUCAACAGAGCUCCUCGAGCUUGCCGGCGGGUUACCCGGAUCUGUCAUCGACGUGCAUUACUAUGUGUUGUUCAAUGACAAGUUUGAUAGAUUCACUGUUCAACAAAACAUUGAUUACAUCAAGACCGACUAUGCAAGGGCUCUCAGCGAUGUCACGAAACAAAAUGGUCCUCUCACCUUUGUAGGCGAAUGGGUGGCUGAGUGGCAGGUGCGUAAUGCAACGAAGGAAGAGUUCCAGAUUCUUGCAAAAGCACAAAUGGAUGUGUAUGGGAAGGCAACGUUUGGGUGGGCCUACUGGAAUUUCAAGAAUGUGAACGAGCACUGGAGUAUGGAGUGGAUGAUCAAGAAUGGAUACAUCUCCUUGAAAAGCUAGGAUAUGUUUUGUAUGUGUCAUUCGUCAUGACUCUUGAAAUAAAUUUGUAACGACUCAUGAAAUUGAUUUCUGGAACAAUGGAUACAUCUCCUUGGAAAGCUAGGAUAUGUUUUCUAUGUGUCA